CAGCGUAAACUUACAAUCGCCCAUAAACAAAGCAAAGCUGCAGUGUAUUUUGGGUUUGCUCUGCAGAUGAUGAUUUCUCUAAUGAAAGGGGAUGCGGCGAUUAGUGGAUGCUGCUGUUAUUGUCCUGUUAUUGUAUUGUAGAUGGCAGUAGUGCUGAGCACACAGUUAGCAGAGGCAUUAUCCGAGUAAAAGCUCAGAGCAAGGAAAACUCGUGUGGAGGUUCAGUGCUGAAGAAAUCACGACAACACACUCCAGCUUUUAUAUUGAACCUUCUGCUGCCAGACUGUUUAUCUGACGGACACUUCAGCUGCUUGCCUUUAUUCAGUAUAUAUUGGGGCUCAACUGUAAAUUCCUCUACAGAAGCGAUCAGGAACGCUGGACUUUGUUAUUUCAGCUGAUAUUUCAUACACAAACAGGCCUGAUGGAGGAGACACCCCAAGUUAAAAUGAGAGGAAAAACAAAAUCACCGAAGAGAAAAGACAGAAAACGUGUCACCUGCACUCAGUGUGGAACGAGUCUGGCAAACAAAAGAAAUCUCAAGACCCACAUGAUGAUCCACACUGGAGAGAGACCAUUCACAUGUUCUCAGUGUGGGAAGAGUUUCAGAGACUCAUCAGCCCUUAGUAGACACAUGUUGAUCCACACUGGAGAGAAAACACACACAUGUGGUCAGUGCGGAAAAUCAUUUCUGUUGGCUUCAGGCCUGAAUGCUCACCUUAUAGUUCAUGCAACUGAGAAGCCUUCAUGCUCUGUGUGUGGAAAGAGUUUUGCAAGUGAAGUAAUUAUAAGAAGACAUCAGAAGAUCCACACCGGUGUGAGAGAGUAUGUGUGCUCUGAGUGUGGGAAGACUUUUUUUACAUCUACAAGCUUACAACAACACCAGAGGAUUCACACUGGUGAGAAACCUUAUAUAUGUUCAUAUUGCGACAAGAGAUUCAGUCAGUUACCAUAUCUGAAAAUACACAAGAUGAUUCACACUGGAGAGAAACCUUACAAGUGUUCACACUGUGACAAAAGAUUCAAUAAUUUAGGAAGCCUAAAAACACACGAGAGGAUUCACACUGGAGAGAAACCGUACAAGUGUUCGCACUGUGACAAAAGAUUCAGUCAUUUAUUAAGCCUGAAAACACAUGAGAGCAAUCACACUGGAGAGAAACCAUACAAGUGUUCACACUGCGACAAGAGAUUUAGUCAGUCAUCACAAAUUAAAUUGCAUGAGAGGAUUCACACGGGAGAGAAACCGUACAAGUGUUCACACUGUGACAAAAGAUUCAAUCAGUUACCACAUCUGAAAUCACAUGAGAGGAUUCACACGGGAGAGAAACCUUACAAGUGUUCACACUGCGACAAAAGAUUCAAUCGGUUGGAAAGCCAGAAAAGACAUGAGAGGACUCACAAUGGAGAGACACAAGUGAGAUUCAGUCAGUCAGAAACAUUGAAUAACACACAAGAGUCUGAGAGUAACCUUAAAGGGUCAUGAAACACCAAAACACAUGUUUUGAGCUGUUGACA